AUGGCGUCCGCAGCAUUCCCCCUGCAAACCCUCCCAGCCGAACUCGAAUGCGCGAUAAUCCGCCAACUAGACCCCAUCGCCCUCAUCUCACUCAGCCAAACAAACAGACACUUCCGGGAAACAGUCAAUCCAAAAAGAAUACACUUCCUCGAACGCCUCCUCGCCCUCGAAUGCGACGAAUCCAUCGGUGGACCACCUAUUCAUUUCUCCCGCUUCGGCACCCUCGACCCAGACCGACUCAGUCCAGAAUGGGAAGCGAAUCGUUGGGCAUGCAGUAGUUGCAUGCGCCUUCUCCCUCAGCAGAACUUCGCUAAUCAGGCGCUCUCGAGACUCGCCUAUCGCAAACCUGUUUCUGGGUCUCCGGCUGCGGAUGCGGUUACAUCAUGGGAACCAACGCUGUCUAGGCAGAGGAGGAAGGAGGACAAGAAAGACCGAAAGAAGAAGAAAGAAAAGAAGGAGUUGCACGGGGAUGAUUGUGGUUCAAUCGCCGACGAGGAGGCAAAGAUGCGACAACGGUAUGGCGUGGCCAUGAGCCAGGUCUGGGGUCGGCGCCGGGGCCAGGCCCCCGGGACGAUAUCGCUUGCUUCGCAUCUUACGAAGCGACUUGAGGAAUUUCGCGAGAUGGGGUUUGAGGAGUUCUAUGACAUGACUUAUGACGAGUACCAGACUAUGUCUGAUGAGCAGGAGGGAGAGAUAUUAGACCGCGAGAGGCAGGCGAUUGAGCGGGUGCGGACUGGGUCGAAGAGGCAUCUGCGGCGGUGUCUGGAGUGUCGAUUCCAGAGGGGAGAGUUUAAGGGGACCUGUGGGAGAAAGAAUGAUAAUAUUGGAACGGCGAAGGUUCCGAUGGUGCGAGGGAGGGUCAAGUACUACGGCCUGAAUGUGGACCGGUACUUCCCUAGGAUUUCGGAAGUUAUGGACAGCAAGCGGCCGGAGGUGAAUUCCCCCGUGUUUACGAUUUGGAGAGAAGGUGCGGUGGAUAUGCCCUGGACGCAGUAUAGAGUUCGCUGUCCUGGCUGUGCGCAGUGGAAGGAGAUCCGUGCCUUUAGAUUCGGCGGGCGUUGGCCGCGAUGGCAGCCGAUGGAUAUUGAUGCCCAGAACCAAUAUGACAUGUAUUCCACCUGGGACGAUAAUACUGUCACGGAAAGGCUGAUGAACAACAUGCCAUGCAACCACUGCUUCGCCGAGGCAAAUGGGCGCGAGGCGCUGGGGAAGGAGUUGGUGGCAUGGCUGGGGGCUCUUAUUGAGACUAGCAAGGAAACGCAGGAAGGCAAUCUGAUGCGCAGCUUUCGCGCCCUUCAUGAAGAGUACACCAGGGCACCGGCGAAGCGCAAGGCCAGGAUCAAGGAGCUCGUCUGGGAUCUGGUACCGCUGUUUGAUAAGGCGACAGCGAAGUUCACGCGCCAGGAUGUUUCACUCUUAUCGCACCGGUACGCCCAGCUCAGGGCACAGCCUGAUCUCUCACAGCGCAUACGAAGUGAGUCCUGGUCUGGGGAGAGAUAUGAGCGCUUCCCCGACAGCGAGGCGAUCUGGUCUUGGCUGCAGACGUUGAGCGCUGAGAUGGAGGAGCCAGGCAAAGCAGAGGCCUUGGCCGACUGGGUUCUGAGCAGGGACGAAUCGGCUGCUUGCUGA